AUGACCGACCAUUCAAAAUGGAAGUUCAAUCAUACCAUGCUGCGGAUCAAAGAUCCCAAAAAGUCCAUCGACUAUUACAAACUCUUGGGCUUGUCCGUCGUCAAUGAACUCAAGUUCCCCGAUGCUAAAUUCGACCUGUACUUUCUUGCAUAUGACGGCCCCUCAUCGGCCUCAACAGGCGCACACUGGACCGAUCGUGAAGGGAUCCUCGAACUGACCCACAACUACGGCACCGAGUCUGACGAUUCGUACUCAAUCAACAAUGGCAAUAAAGACCCCCAUAAAGGCUUCGGUCAUGUUUGUGUAAGUGUCGACAAUAUUCAGGCUGCAUGCAAACGCAUUGAAGAUGCGGGAUACAAGUUUCAGAAGAAACUGACAGACGGGCGCAUGCGGAGUAUUGCCUUCGCCCUGGAUCCUGACGGAUAUUGGGUCGAAAUCAUUGGCCAGAAGCCGGUCGACGACACCCAAGACAUUACCACCACUGAUACCUCUUCGUACCGCUUCAACCACACGAUGAUCCGCGUCAAGGACCCGGAGAAAAGCUUGACCUUUUACAAGGAAGUCAUGGGUAUGAGCCUAAUGCGGACCUCGGAGCAAAAGGAAGCGGGCUUCACGUUGUACUUCCUAGGUUACCCUGGUGAUUAUGGUAUGCCCAAGGAAUCCGACACCGCGAACGGAGUAAAUCCUCUGGCAAAGAAGGAAGGCCUCCUCGAGUUGACCUGGAACUACGGCACAGAGAAGGAAGAAGGAAAAGUCUACCACAACGGUAACGAUCAACCCCAAGGAUUUGGACAUAUCUGUGUGAGUGUGGAUGACUUGGACAAGGCUUGUGCAUUCCUUGAAGAAAAGAAGGUGAACUGGAAGAAACGGCUGACGGACGGAAGAAUGAAGAACGUGGCUUUUGUUCUCGACCCCGAUGAUUAUUGGAUUGAAGUGAUACAAAAUGAGAAGCUGAAGAAGACCACUGACUGGUAA